AUGGCGCUGCCCAAGCUCUUGCUGCCGCUCCUCGUCGCGUCGUCCGCGGCCGACUCGUUGCCGACGUGCAUCGUCGGCGGCGGCAUCGGCGGCGCCACUCGGCGCGUCGCCGUCGCGGACUAUAUCAAGACGAACGCGGACACGCCGGUGAUCAUCUUCGAGAAGGAGGCGCGGCUCGGCGGCAAGAUCCGCACGUCCUACGCCGGGUCCCAGACCAACGGCGGGUCCGUGCGGGCGACGUCCGAGGUCGCGGCCGUGCGCGGCGGCGGCGACGGUGUGAGCGCCGCCGGCGGCGGCUACGUGCUCGGCGCCGGCGGCGUCGUGCCCCAGGAGCUCGGCGCGUGCUACACGUCCCCGGACUACACGCGCAUCAACGCGCUCCUCGAGGAGCUCAAUUUAGGCGACCAGGUCGACACGGUGCCGCCGCGCUACGUGCACGCGUCCUCGGGGAGCGCCGGCGUGAGCCUCGCGCAGUACACGCUGACGUUCCUGCUGCAGCUGCCGGCCGUCGCCGCGCAGCUCCCCGCGGGCUGCUACGACGGCAGCGUCGACAUGACCACGGUCUGCGCGCCGUCGGUCGUCGGCAUCUGCCUCACGAAGCUCGCGCUCUACGGCGCGCGCCACGCGGAGAUCUUCGGCGACUACGCCUCCGGCGGGCGGCUCCCGAGGAUCGCCGACCUGAGCGUCAUCGACGGCACGUUCGGCGAGUGGCUGGACCGCGAGGACUUCACGGAGCUGCGCCCGAUCCUGGACAUCUUCCAGGAGUCGCAGGGCUACGGCGCGCUGGACGUCAUCCCCGCGUACUACGGGCUGCUGUGGAGCACGCCGCAGGCGCUGAAGCUCACGGAGCAGCAGCUCACGGGCGCGACGGGCGGCGAGGACCUCGACCCGAAGAUCCUGGUGCCGGGCUUCUCGGAGCUCGUCGAGCGGCUCGCGCUCCGGAGCGGCGCGGACGUGCGCCUCUCGACGACGGUCGUCCGCGUCGAGCGGUCGGGCGGCGCCGCGGCCGUCUUCUCCGCGGACGCGGCCGGGGCCUACGCGAAGACGUCCUGCGGGCGCGUCGUACUCAACGUGCCCGUGCCGGACGUCGAGGCCCAGGACCUGCUCGCGCUCACGGACGCCGAGGCGGCGAUCCUGGGCGACCUCGGCCGCUGCAACGAGUGGCAGACCUACCUCCUGCGCGCGGAGGACCCCGGCGACCUCAUGUACGUCGACACGUGGCCGGCGAACUACGUGCAGCCCGGCGAGCUCGCGACGACGCGGUUCACGGCGCGCUUCGUCGACGAUUCCGAGGCCAACGACGGCCCGGAGGAGUUCGUCGCGCUGGCGCUGAACAGCUCGGGCGUGGACGAGGCCGACGUCCGCGCGCGGGUCGUCGGCGAGGCCGAGGCGCUCGGCGCGACGGGCGUCGCGGUCGUCGACAGCUUCCGCGCGCCGAACUACAACUGCCGCUUCUCCCGGGAGGGUGUGCAGCAGGGCAAGCCCUGGGACCUCGACGACCUCCAGGGCGCCGACGCCGUCUUCUUCGUCGGCGGGUCCUACGUCUUCGAGGCCAUGGAGCCCAUCCUCGCCCACGUCCAGGACGCCGGCGGCGUCGGCGAGGCCGUCGUCGCGCACAUCCUCGCGACCGCGCCGUCGCCGGCGCCGACGGCGCCGGGCGGCGACGACGACGACGACGGCUCGAAGGAGUGGCUCUACUUCGCCGCGGGCGUCGGCCUCGUCAUCAUGCUCGCGCUCGCGGCCAUCGUCAUCGGCUACGGCACGCACGACUGCGGCCCGCGAGGCUGGAACAACGGCCCGCCGCCGCGCGGCGGCGGCCGCGGCGCGCCGCCGGGCUACGACCGCGGCGGCUACGGCAGCGGCAAGGGCCGGUCCGACGGCUUCGACGGCAGCGGCAAGGGCCGGUCCGACGGCUUCGACGGCGGCGGCAAGGGUCGGUCCGACGGCUUCGACGGCGGCGGCAAGGGCCGGUCCGACGGCUUCGACGGCGGCGGCAAGGGCCGGCCCGACGGCUUCGGCGGCGGCGGCAAGGGCCGGUCCGACGGCUUCGACGGCGGCGGCAAGGGCCGGUCCGACGGCUUCGGCGGCGGCGGCAAGGGCCGGUCCGACGGCUUCGACCGAUCCGACGGCUUCGACCGGUCCGACGGCUUCGACCGGUCCGACGGCUUCGACCGGUCCGACGGCUUCGACCGGCGCGACGGCUACGACCGGCGGCCCGACAACGGCGGCCCGCAGCGCGGCUUCGACGGCGGCUUCCAGGGCCGCGGCGGCCCGCCGCCGCGCGACUGGAAUGGCGGCGGCGGCCGCGGCGGCUUCCACGGCGGCGGCCCGCCGCGGCCGCCGCCGCCGGGGCGCGGCGGCCGCGGCGGCCGCGGCGGCGGCCGCGGCGGCGGGCCGCCGCCAGGCUACCGCGGCGACGGCUUCCCGGGCGGCGGCGGUUACCGCGGCGGCAAGGGCUUCGACGGCAAGGGCCGGCCCGACGGCUUCGACGGCGGCGGCAAGGGCCGGCCCGACGGCUUCGACGGCGGCGGCAAGGGCCGGCCCGACGGCUUCCACGGCGACUUCCGCGGCGACGGCGACUUCCGCGGCGGCGACGGCGACUUCCGCGGCCCGCCGCGCGGCUACGACGGCGACUUCCGCGGCGGCCGCGGCCGGGGCCCGCCGCCGGACGGCUACGACGGGCCCUACGGCGGGCCGCCGCCGGGCCACGACGGCUUCCGCGGCGACCCCCGGGGCCGGCCGCCGCCGCGGGGCGACGCGCCGCCGCGCCGCGACGACGCGCGGCCCCGGAAGCGCCGCGGCCGCUCCGCGUCGAGCUCGUCCUCCGGCUCCUCGUCGUCGUCGUCGAGCGGCUCGCGGUCGCCGUCGCGGAAGAAGCCGCGGCCGCCCGCGCCGCGCGACGCGCCCGCGCCCGCCGCGCCGCGCCGCGACCCGCGGCAGCGCGCCGCCGCCGCGUGGAGCAGCCCCGUGACGCCGCGGCAGCGGCCGCCGUCGCCGCGCGUCGUGCCCUGCGACGCGCUCUACGAGAAGCGCAUCGGCCUCGUCGCCGCGCAGCUCCGCCUCGACGCCGCGCAGCUGUUCCUCGCGGAGUCGGCGCGCGACGCGGACCGCCGCGCGGCCGCGGCCGCGGCCGGCGCGGACGCCGCGGUCCUCGCGGACGCGUUCCGGACGGAGUAA